UUAUAGUUGAUCUGUGUUGUUUAUUUCAGUUAGGCGGAUCGUUUUCGGGUGUGUCCGGUGUCCCAACUCUAAUGAAUUGAAUUAUUUCUAUUCUUAAAAACAUGAUAAUUUGAUAAAAAGAAAUAUGCUGAAAAUAGUUUUAUUACUUUGCUCGAUAGUUUCCGCUCAAGGAAGUUACUACGGUAGCGAGAGUAUAGCUAAUGGUAUCCACGGAGAACCUAAAAUUGAAGGCAAAGACAAAGUAACCUGGUGCACUACAUCUAUACCGGAACAGAAAAAAUGUGAAAAACUAUCCAAAACCGUACUUCAGGAUAAAGGACUUUUUGGAAAGGACUUCAUUGAAAUAGAAUGUAAACGGGCAUUUGAUGCAGAAGAAUGUAUGACAUGGGUUGAUCAAGGAGAUGCAUCAUUACUAGCUCUUGAUGCUGGAGAAGUAUAUGUUGCUGGAAGAUAUCACUCACUUGUCCCAUUACUGCAAGAGGUUUAUGGUGGUGGAGAACCCUAUCAAUAUGCAGUGGCUGUUGUAAGGAAAGGAAGUUUGCCCCAAGUACAACCUAGUGGAGGUUUGUAUGGACUACGAGGGGUAAAGGCCUGUUUCCCAGGUGUUGGAUCACUUGCUGGAUGGGUCAUGCCAAUACAUGUGCUUAUUAAAGAAGGUGGCCUCAAGAUAACUGACUGUAAUAAUCAUGUUAAAUCAGCGGUGGAAUACUUCAGUGAUUCAUGUGCCCCAAAUUCUUUGAAGGAUUUAUAUAAUCCAAUUGGAGAUAAUCCUGAUCAGUUAUGUAAGCUAUGCACUGGUGGAGCUGGAGUGCGUUGUACCCUGGCAGACCCUUAUGCAGGUUAUGAGGGAGCACUUAGAUGCCUUGUCAAUAAUGGAACAGGAGAAAUUGCCUUUGUGAGGGACAGUACAAUUCAACAUGCCUUACUCUCACAUAAAAUAUUAGGCGGCGUGACAGAGGCCGACUUCGAGCUGAUAUGUCGCGACGGUUCUCGGGCUCCAGUCACUGACUGGGAAAGGUGUAACUGGGGCCGAGUACCUGCUGACGCUGUACUCACUUCCAGUGUUGCCACCCCAGCCCUGAGAAGCAAAUACCAAAAUCUGAUAAUGAAGAUUGUUGAGCUUUAUGGUGAACCAAAUACAAUGAAUAAGAUGUCAAAUCGGACAGAUGCAUACCAACAGGACGCGUAUGGCAACUGGCUGUCGUCUACUACAGAACAAAACCGGUACUAUGAUGCGUUUAGACGAAAUCAAUUUGAUCGUAACGACCGGAAUGACGAAGGAAGUACUACGAUGUCUCCAUACAAACCGAGGGUUGACAAUUUCGGUCAACCCAUUGAAUUGCCAUUUAAACUGUUUGAAUCUGAAGGCACUACAGACCUCCUUUUGCAAGACUCCACAAUUAGCUUCCGAAUAUUGGAUGAAGAGGAGCAAGCAGCUCACCAUAUUUUAAAUAACAAAUAUGUAGGUGAUCAGGCGGAGAAGGCCGUCAUUGGUAUAAGGGACUGUCCAGUCAAACGCGCCACGCUUUGUGUGACCAGUGAUGCUGAAUAUGACAAAUGUAUUAAAAUGAGGAUAGCGUUAAAAGCCGCCUUCCUAUCUCCGUCGCUUAUAUGUUGGCGAGGGCAUAGUUCCCGGCACUGCGAGCGGGCAAUCGCUGACGGAACAGCUGACAUGGCAGUCUUUGACGCCGCCGAUAUGUUGCACGCUGCUUACAAAUAUCGACUGGUGCCGUUUAUGCAAGAGGUCUACUCGAGCGGAGACAGCUGGUAUUAUGCAGUAGCUGUCGGCAAAGAGCAAGAUCCAGAUACAGAUUUAACUUAUUUGAGAGGCAAGAACACCUGUCACACUGGUAUCGGUACAGCAGCUGGCUGGAUUUAUCCUUUGGCCUAUCUAAUAUCGAAUGGGUGGAUUAGACCGUAUGGCUGUGACGGCGCACACGCAGCGGCCCAAUACUUCAGUAAGUCAUGUACACCGGGCGCACUCAGCAGUGAAUAUGUAGACUCGGGCACUGUGCCUCAUGACAACCUGUGCCAUCUAUGCCAUGGAGCGUCAUAUCGUCGCUGCAGACGCGACGCAAGCGAGGAGUACUUCGGUCAUGUGGGUGCCCUGCGUUGUAUGGUAGAGGGGGGUGGAGACGUAGCCUUUGUAAGGCACACGGCACCUGCUGAGGUCACGGGUGGGCGACGUCGGGAGUGGUGGGCGCGUGACUUACUGGGAGAUGAUUUGCAGCUCAUGUGUCCAGAUGGUACGCGAGCAAAAAUUCACGAAUAUAAACAUUGCAAUCUGGGCAAAGUCCCGGGUUCGGUGAUGAUGGGACGAGCGAACCACACCGAGUUGGACACAUUCUCCAAUCUAAUGCUGUACGCUCUGCAACUGUAUGGAGCUACUGUCAAUGAUGAUUUUAGCUUCAGCAUGUUCUAUUCAAAGCCGCCAUACGCUGACCUGAUCUUUAGCGACGCGGCGGUCCGUCUAAAGCCCCUUCCACACAACAAGCGUUCGGCCGAAAUGAUCGCCGGUAAUUCGUUACCGCGCGCCGCACGUAUUGUGUCAUGUGACGCGCCGCAAGCAUCCUACUACAUAGCAUCGGACCCGGAUUUCCUCUCCCACGCCUAUAGAAAUGGUAUUUUGGGUCAAUUACUCUCGUUAAUGUUGGUCUUUGUGGCUAUAUUGCGAUAAUUAUGGUCAUCGUAAUAGCUAUUUGAUAUUUUUAUAUUCGUUCAUGAUAUUAAUAACUCGCUGAAACGCUUCUCUACACAAGAUGGCGUCUUUGCAGACCCUAUGAAGUUCCAUGUACACGAACACGUAAAGAAACGACAAGAUUUUACAUUCUUAAAUUUUACAAAUUCCUAUAUUACGUACAAAUACAAUCUCGAAAUUAAACUCCAAGACAGUAUAAUUAGGCUAAGAUAUAUUAUUAACAGGCAUGGUACGUCAUGUAACAAUCUCGUGUCACGUGACUGACAAAAAGCAAUAUUUUUUUAUUAUUUUAGUUAGCGACUAAAGCCACGCUUUAUUAAGAUUACAAAUAACACUUUUUAUACUCUCAAAUAGAAGCUUAAAAUUAUUGAAUAUAAUAUAAUUUAUUGUUCUAUGAAACAUAGUGAAUAUAUUUUGAAUAUAUUUCUCAAUGAUCAUACAGUAAUUUUAUCCCUGUCAUGCUGUAGUCUUAACUCGAAGGAAUAUUAGAAGUAUUUUUUUAGUUUAUAUAUACAUUAGAAUCGACACUAAUGUUGACACCACUUAAUUUUUAUUUAGUUAUUAUAACUGGUAACUUACCGUACAAUUUGCAAGCAAGUUGUCUAGCUUAUGUAUUGACGAUUAGAUAUAGACUAUUAUUUUAAAUUCAAAGACAUUUUAACAUUCCCUUAUUGAUAUUAUAUAAGAUGUGUAUUUCACAACAUAUUAUACUACAUGUAUAAACAAUUUAAUAAGUUGAUAGAUUUUCUCUUAAAUAGGUUAGAUUGUAUUUGAAGUCUUUAAAUAGCAAAUAUUUUUAAAACAUUUUUUAUUUAAGAAUCUAAACAGCUAUUACGUUUAAUGUUUGCAUAUCAGUCACAUAUAUAUUACACGACACGGCAGUAUUUUUAAACACAUACUUUUCUAAUACUCAUAUUUGGGUACUUGGAUGCUGUAUUUUUAUAUUUUGUAAACCUAAGGUAAGAUUAACUAUUCAUAGUGUCGUCUCGGCUUAGAAUCUUAUUAUUAGUAUUGAAUGUAAUUAUUUCCAUCCAGAAAAGCCUUAUUUAGUAUUUAAAACAUAUGUAUUCCGUCCAUUUACAAAUAAAAACAUUUUUAUAA